AUGUCGCAGCUCUCCUCCACCCUGAAGCGGUACAUCGACUCAUCCCGCUAUGCUGAGACCACCUACAGCAAGGUGCCCAGCGGCUACAGCUCCUACACCUCCUAUGGAUCCACCCUGGCCACAUCCUACGCAGACAGCGACAAGAUUGGCUUCAAAACCAGCUACCUGUCCUCCCCCCGGUACCACCACUCAGGAGGGCUGUCCCCAACCAGUGGCUAUGACACCAGCCGGCUGCCCCUGUACCCCGACUGCAGCAUCCGCCUGAGCCCCACAUACAUACGCACACAGUCUCGGCCACCUGGCAGUGGGCUGAGUGGGGGUGCGUGCUACGCCUUUGCAGGGGCCCCCAGCAGCCCCACGGGCUACCUGCCCACCACAGCACCUCUCAGCCGUCGCAAAUCCAUCAGCCACUCGGACCUGGCACGGGAGUUUUCGGGGCUGCACGCCUCAGACAGCGCCUACGUGCCCACCCCCGGCCCCCUCAGCACCCGGGGCCACCAGGAGCUUGGCAGCCUACAGGGUCUCUACCAGGCUGCUGCACACUCCGACUACGUCCGUGGCUACCUGGAGAGCUACGGGAGGGAAAGCCAGCCCUGCAAGAGGAAUGACAGCUCCUGCGACGUGCCUGCCCGGGACCCCACG